GUGUAAAGGAACGGAAUGUUUCCUGUCAUCCUUUCGAGCGUAGACCUCUUUAUUUGUUAUUUAAAUUAUAGGAUAACUGUAUAUAAAUUAAAAUACAAUACUCAGUGAUAAAAGAUCAGUAGCAGCAAAAUGGCGAGUGAGAGCAGUUCCGCAGUAUUAGACCUCAAUGAUGACCCAACUGAAGACACGGACGCACCAAGCGUCACUGAAGGCACACAGGAUGGAUCCCCGCUCAUCAUGGAGCAUGGAUACGAUAUAGCUGUUAAGGUGGACGCUCCAAUGAAGCAGCUGUCAACGCUGGAGACAUUCGUGACAUACCGCGUGCGCUGCGUCUGCGCACGCUGGCCGACGCCUCCUCACGUGCGCCGGCGGUACAACCACUUCAAGGUGCUCCACCGUCGCCUAACGAACGCCCACGCGUGGCUGGCGCCGCCGCCGCUGCCGCCGCUGCAUUCAGCGCGCCAGCAGCUCGACCGCUAUGAACCAUCGUUCGUGUUGCUCCGCGCCAUGGCGCUCGACGCUUUCCUUAAUCGCGUCGCAAAGCAUCCUAUUCUAACCCAUAGUGAUGAUUUCCGUCUCUUUCUUACCACACCGGAUGAAGACUUGGACAAGGUAUUCAAAAGUGAAAGCAGCGCCCUUAACUUGUGGGGUUUGAGCUCGUUCUACAGCGGCGGCGAGGCAAAACCGACUAAUGGGGCCAGGGUGAAGGAUCCGGAAUUCAGCUCAGCCGGAGACUAUCUGCAGUCGCUACAACAGAAACUGACGUCGCUCUGCGCUCUCACCACCAAACUGUACAAGGGAUCAACUUCGCUUGGCACAGAGCUCAUCGGGUUAAAGCGUGUGUGUGACGCGUGGUCGGUCCGCGAGCGCGGGGCGGUGUCGUGCGCCGCGGCGGCGGUGGGCGCGGGCGGCGGCGCGGCGGGCGCGGCGCGCGCGCGGGGCGCGCUGCGGCACCGCGCCGCGCUGCCGCUGCUGGCCGCCUACGCCGCCGCGCACAACGACAAGAUACGGCAGAGGGACGCUUUGCACGCAACUUUUGUGGCGGGCAACAACUCGGAUGAACUACAUAACAGACUGGAACAAGCCUCCGAAGCCAUCCGCUCCGAGCUCUCCGACUGGAUCCCGAAGACCCACUCCGAGAUCAAAGCCCUCCUCCUUGAACUAGCUGACCGGCAGGUAACCCUCCACUCCCAAACCCUUCAGGGCUGGGAGAACGCCCUCAAACUCUCCACUGAGACCAACCUCGAACAACUCUUCAAGACGGUCUCCAAGACCGCUGUACAGAACCUCAGCCCGUCCAAAUGCAGAUCAGUCACUCCAACAGAAACCGAGAAAGAUUUUGAUGAUAUUGACAUAGAAAAUAUAUCGAAUGAUUCUGAUGACAAGGAGCAGAUAGGCGCUGUGUCAACGGAGCAAAGCUCAAAAUCCGAUGACCGGAGUGAUCCGCUUCAGGAGUUUUCAGAUGUGAAUUUGUCUUCGUGAUAUGAUACUUUGUUCAUGAACGUUGUGAAAGACAUGCAUUGAUUAGAGUUAAUUAAAACAGGUAAAUUACUGGUAUUAAUCAAAGAGAAUUGAAGGGAUGUUUACAAAAACAACAUAACUGCUUAGAGCGGUUGACACUUUUUUAAGAACAUUGUUAAUCGUUUCAGGUGUCAACCAGUGUAGUCAGUUAUGUUGUUUUUGUAAACAUCCCUUCAAUUGAGACUAGAGGAAUAUUGUUAAAGUAAAUUAUGUGGUCAGUACAUUACUGCCGUCUUUCGACACGUGACUAACACUUUUAGAACGCCAUUUGACUUUGAUCCUUAUUUUUUCACUGAUAUGUGUUCAUCAUCAUCAUCAUCAUAUCAGCCAGAUUACGUCCACUGCUUGACACAGGCCUCAAACUCACCCAAAGAGCGACCGGUCUUGCGCCACCCGCAUCCAUCGGUCUCCCGCGACCUUUACCAGGUCAUCAGUCCACCUUGUGGGGGGUCUACCCACGCUGCGCUUUCCGGCUAUGUGUUAAAUUUGUUAAAUGUCAAAAAGUAUCUCCAUCUACUCGAGAGAAUAUUCCUCUAUUUCAAAUUAUCUAUGAUAUCAAUCAAGUUUAGCUUAGAAAAAUAUUAAAAGUGGAAAAAAAUCACCGAGACAAUGCUCGAGAAUAGCAAAUAUUUCCACCAUAUGCGCCUUAGGGAGGCGCCCUAGCGACAUCUACCGUACUAUGCAUAAUAGUAUUUUCUAUAUUGUAUUAUUAAAUAUUAGUAUUUUCCUUUUAAAGCCUGUAGUCACCCAAAUCUCCACUAUUUAAAAUCCCACUAUAUGAUAUUUUUAAGUGCAUAACAAAAUUGUAAUUCAAUAGAAUUAGCUUCAGAAUAGGUACAUAAUUUUUACACACAUACGAGUGCAAUAAAAAUGUAUGGAAAUUUAUGUAUAAAAUGGACUUUUGCCUGUAGUUUUUGAAGUAUAAAAAUAGCGAAAACAAUGUAAUUUUGUGCAAUGUAAUUUAUUUCUAACAGUGUCUUUAUAGUUGAGUUUAUGACAUUUUUUGUAAUUUAACUUUCAAUAUGACACUUUGUAUGAAAAAAAGUAUUUUAACAUUUCUAACGAUUCAUUCUGCCUACACUUUAUUUCUAAGACUUCAUUCUGACGAUGUGAGUGAACACAACUCUGUUGGGUUUUCUUUGGUAAAAAAAAUUGGUACAUUUGAUGAGAAUUUUCGGAAUUACGUAGGUAAUAGUAACUUCCCUACAAAAUGGGUGUCGCACUGCUUAUUUCAGUGCCAAUCUUUGAGUAGUUUACCCACUUAUCCAUUAAAAUAAAUAAAUAAGUUUUUGGCAAUAAUUUCAUUUUUGGUACAAGCUUUUAUCGCUGACUGUACUUUUCUUACGACAGACAACUAAUACCUACUCAUCGGGACAAUUCUAAAAACCCCCUAACACAAUUAGGUUGCAUUGUUUCAUCACAGAGUUCCUAUAGCCACCUCCUGUCUCCAUCAUCAGAUCAGCUCGAUGGUACCAUAAUAUUGCAUUGUCAUCCGAUUUAUACAUGCAUGCAAAAUUUCAGCUCAAUCGGAAACCGGGAAAUGGAUCAAAUUUAAGAUACUUGCAAGAUUUGAUUACAGACAGACAGACAACGGUCAGGUGAAACUAAAUAAAAGCUUGUAAUAAAAACCAGAUCUUGUUUUUGAUCGUUAUUUUUGUACCAGAUUAACUAUUUAUUAGAGAUGCACCGGAUAUCCGGUUACUAUCCGGUAUCCGGCCUAUCCGGCCAUUAUUUUGCUAUCCGGCCGGAUACCGGAUAGUAACCUGCUAUCCGGCCGGAUACCGGAUAGUAACAUUGCUUGAUUUCGGAGUAAACAAAUUUGAUUUAAGAAGCAGACACGGUCAUAAUCGUACUUGUUUAUUAUUUUAAAACAAUUUAAUCAUUCCACUGACUUCCACGCGCACUCAUUUCGAACCUAGAAAUGAAUCCGCGCGAACGUUUACUAGGAAACAGGUCAAACCUGCAGAAUGCGCACCUGAAAAACCGAAAUGUAGGUAUAGUUCCGCCGGCCGAAUAUCCGGCGGCCGGAUACCGGAUAUUCGGCCAUUGUCCAGGCCGGAUAUCCGGUAUCCGGUAUCCGGCCAAACAACUAUCCGUUGUAUCUCUACUAUUUAUCCAGAGAUAACCCAAAAUAUUAAAAUGUACAGUACAAACAUAUUUUAAGAACGCUCAUGAAACUUUCGUCUUAUUAAAAUAAAUGUCCGAGUUUAUGUAAAUAAUGCAAUAACUAUUUGUAUAUCAGUACUUAGUGUAGUUAUUUAUUGAAAUUAUAUCAGUAAAGGUUUUAUAGUGAGAA